CCUACCCUUCGAGCCGCUUCACGAGCUAUCGACUCUCGCCUCUAGAGUUAGAGAGCAUCGAGACAAUGUCGAUGCGUCGAUCUAUGAGAACAUCGAAACUAAACAUGGCUGCGUCCUUGUUGAGGUUAGGGCACGGAGGAAGACGGUUAAAACUCAUCAUUAAUGAAAAGAAUCAAAAAUUAAUUUCUUCCAGAGGAUUUGCAGCAUCACUACAGAGCCUUUUAAUACCGUCCAAUGAUACUGCUUGCUACGAAGCACAUAAUGUCAUUCAAAAUGCAUCCUUUCAUUCGUCAUGUGUCCGUGUCCGUUCAAAAUCGGAACUUGAAGCGAGGAAAGAAUUUCUCCUUGCUAGAUUGGAUAAGAAGAAACGAGAGAGAGUGGAAGUAUGGCGGAAUAUGUCAGUCAUAGAAUUGGCCACAAAACUAAACCUAAAACCAAAGCAACUUUUGACCAUUUUGCAUGAUCAUGUUCCUGAAGGUCACUUUUACAAGUCAAAAGCUGAUUUAAUUAAUAAUGCUGAGAUUCUGCAGGAUGUUGUAAAAUUUCUUGGCAAGGCACCUGUGCUAAUUGCCACCAAAGUUAAUGAAACAGAUGACAGAGAUAUUGAUGCACAUCCAAGGCCGCCACCCAAUCCUGAGGAUUUAGUCAAAAGAGCCCCUAUAGUGACAAUAAUGGGACAUGUGGAUCAUGGAAAAACUACCCUUCUAGAUUACCUUCGGAAGGCUAAUGUUGUUGCUAGUGAGUUUGGAGGAAUAACCCAACAUAUAGGCGCCUUCUCUGUGAAACUUGGUAACAAUGACAGUGUAACAUUCAUCGAUACUCCUGGACAUGCAGCAUUUUCUUCUAUGCGGUCAAGAGGAGCCAAUGUUACUGACAUUGUUGUUCUUGUUGUUGCUGCUGAUGAUGGAGUCAUGGAGCAAACUAUCGAGUCAAUCCGGAUGGCUCAUGAGGCUGGAGCUACAAUCAUUGUUGCAAUCAAUAAAAUUGACAAACCGGGUGCUAAUGUUAAACGAACUGAAGAAAUGCUUGCUCAGCAUCAAUUGUAUACUGAAAAUAUGGGCGGUGAAAUUCAGGCCAUUCCCAUAUCAGCUCUGAAUGGCACUAAUGUAGAAACUCUGGUUGAAGCUAUUCUGAUUCAAUCCGAAAUGAUGGACUUGAAAGGUGAUCCAAGUGGUUUAGCUGAAGGCGUCAUUGUAGAGUCAAGACAGGAUCUUCAUAAGGGGAAACUGGCCACUGCAAUUAUACAGCGAGGUACUUUGAGGAAAGGUGCCAUUCUCGUGGCAGGAGAUGCCCAUGCUAAAGUACGACUAAUGUUUGAUGAAGCAGGCCAACAGAUAACUCAAGCCACCCCCUCUACACCUGUAGAAAUGAUGGGCUGGAGAGAACUUCCCUCUGCUGGAGAAAUUUUAUUAGAGGUUGAAUCAGAGAAACGAGCUCAACAAGUUCUUUCUUAUAGGAAGGCAAAGGAGAUUAAAAGUAAAGGUCUUGCAGAUCAACAGGUGAUAAAAGAAAAAGCACAAGAACAGCAAAAGCUGCAUCAUGAGAAAAGAAGAAGAGCUUAUGAGCAGGGCUUAAGAUCUAUGCUUGACAAAAGAGAAAAAAUGUUUGUUGAGGACAACAGUCCAAAACUAAAAGUGAUCAUCAAAGGCGAUGUAGAUGGGUCAGUUGAAGCCAUACUUGAUGUUCUUGAUACGUACCACAACCCAGAUGUUCCUCUACAAGUAGUUCACUACGGUGUUGGAGAUACCACUCCAAACGAUCUAGAACUAGCCUCUUUAUUUAAGGCAACCAUAUAUUGCUUUAAUGUAAGAACUCCACCCAAAUUAAAAGAAGAAGCUAAAGCUAAGCGUGUUCCAGUCAAACAUAUGAAUGUCAUUUAUCACUUAAUUGAUGAUAUCAAGCAGGAAGUGGGAGGAAAGAUGCCAACAGUGGAGCAGGAAAUAAUUCUUGGAGAGGCAGAUGUCAUCCAGCAAUUCAAUAUCAAUGAAAAGCGAAAAAAAAUUGUAGUUGCUGGUCUUAGAGUUACAAAGGGUGAAAUAGUAAAAUCUGAGAAAGUGAAGCUAGUUAGGGAGCAGGAAGUACUUUAUGAAGGCAAGUGUAAUAUAGAAAUUUGUUUCAAGAGUAUUAUGUAUGCCAAUUUCGUUUUAAUGUUGACUUGCUUUUUUCCUCUCUUAGGUUCAAUUGCUUCACUGCGCCAUAUAAAGACUGAAGUCAAUUCCAUGAAGCAUGGGACUGAAUGCGGUCUCAUGUUAGGAGAUUCAAGUAUUCCUGUAAAACUAGGUGACACUAUAGUUUGCUUUAAACAUAAUUUAGUGCAGAAACCAGUUGAAUGGAACCCAGGCUUCUGACAAAGCUUGGGUUUUGAUUGCCGUCUACACAGUCAGCUUGGAAAUACGGAUUUGUUUCUGUCCGCUAUUUGGCAUGCAAGUUUGAUCGCUGAUUUUCUCCUUAAAAAUAGAAUAUUUAACAUCAUAGACUCAAGAAAUGUACCUUUCAUCUGACAUUUAUAAGAGAAAAAGAAAUAAAUGAAUUCUACAUUUUUUCUUA